ACUGCCCCGAGAAGAAUUGGUCGCCGUUGCCGCCAGUAAUGUCAAACAAACCCAGAAAAUUUGUAGCCGCCGGUAAUACCGACCCGGAAUACUUUGGAACUGCCGCUAGGGCAAAAUGGUGCCGCUGGUAUGUUAUUUUGUUUUCUAGAAAAAUGCUGAAUCGGGACGAAUUUGGAGUUGCUGGCAA